AUGCAACACGCGUUCGAGGAGCUCCUUCGGAAGACUCUCACCGCCGCCCCCGCAGACCAAACACCGACACUGAUCGUCAUCGACGGGAUAGACGAGUGCAAGGACAGGAGGCUGGUUCCCGAGCUGCUUCGGUCCUUGUUCAGUCUUGUCCGGGAGUUACCGUGGCUGUACGUCUUUGCCGCGUCACGGCCGGAGCCUCACAUCCUGUCGGUGCUUUCAAACCCCAGCUCAGCCGAUGUUGUACACCAUAUACGACUGGAGGACACGGCUAACAGUCACGAUGAUGUUGGACGUUACCUCGAGGAGACUUUACCGAAGAUACCGUCAUACGGCGAUUACCUCGAGAAGCACCCGGACGCCCUUGAACGCCUCAUCUCGCGUGCGGCCGGCGUAUUCAUCUUCGCUCGCAUCACCGUGAACUUCUUAGACGAGCAUCAUAGUCAUCCG